CAUCCGUCACAAUCCAAAACCAUCUCCACUUCCCACGGCCUAGACUCGCCAUAUGCGCAUUGCGCACGCUUCUCGUUCUCUCAUUUCCGCUGCCGCCCACCGCGUUGUCUUCCCCACAUUUCCUCUCUCGCUUGCUCCAAACCUAAAUUUUGCCUUAGCUUUUGCCAUGGCCUCCGAGAACCUCUCGACCCUCGCCAACAACAACGAGGACGAUGAGAAGUAUGGGUUCCAGCGAUCGGAGAUGUACAAGGAGACCCUUGCCGGCACAGUCGGCGCUUACGGCCGUCAUGUUUUCCUCUGCUACAAGAACCCCGAGGCCUGGCCAGCGCGCGUCGAGGGCUCCGAGUCCGAUCUGCUCCCUAAGCUCCUCUCCUCGGCUAUCAAAGCUCGCAAGGAUGGCAUCCCUCUCAAGACGAACCUGACAUUAUGCGAGGGACGCGAGGGGACCGACUUUUCUGACGGAGACGUCUUGAUAUUUCCCGAAAUGAUUAAGUAUAGAGGUUUGAAGGACUCAGAAGUGGAUAGUUUUGUUGAGGAUGUUCUUGUGAAUGGUAAACCAUGGGCGUCUGGAGUGGGAGAGGUGCUGACUGGUUCGCAUGUUUUUGUGUGCUCUCAUGGUAGUCGCGACCGGAGGUGUGGUGUUUGUGGACCGGUUCUAAUUGAAAAGUUUAAAGAGGAAAUUGAUUCACGAGGAUUGAAAGAUCAGGUAUUUGUUAGCCCAUGCUCACACAUUGGGGGGCACAAGUAUGCUGGGAAUGUGAUUAUCUACAGUCCAGGUCCGGAUGGAAAGAUUAUGGGUCAUUGGUAUGGGUAUGUUACUCCGGAUGAUGUACCCGCAUUGAUUGAUCAGCAUAUUGAAAAGGGAGAGAUCAUAGAACACCUUUGGAGGGGGCAAAUGGGGGCAGCUGACGAGGAAGGUGGAAAAGCGGAUAAGCAAAACCUUCCUAAUGGGGAUGUGAAGAAAAGCAAGAAGAAGCCUGAAGAAAUCAGCACACAGAGCGAUAAGGAUAAUGUGGCUGGCUGUUGCCAGGGUGCUAAUGGGUUUAAUUGUUGCAGGGAUGGAAGUUUGGAGCAGAACAGUGUGAGUGAAGCAAAUAAGGCAGGGCAUGAAAAGAAGGGGCUGGGCAAACUAUCUUGCUGGAUAGGAUCAUGGGAGCAAAGUGAUGUUCUUACAGCCGUUGCUGUGGUUGGAGCAGUGGCAACAGUGGCUGUGGCCUAUAGCUUUUAUAGGAGGUCAGGCUGAAAUGUGCUCUAUGUUCCACAUGUUCAAGUUUGUUUGUGGGUCUGUAUACCCGGGUUUUUUGUAGCGGGAUGUGAUAGCAUCUAUAAAAUAAUCCUCUGAACCACAUAUCUCUAUGGAAGGAAUAUUAUAGGUAUAUGUUCUAACUUCUGCCUAGCAGUCGGAUGAAUUACUGAAUACUUUUAGUUGGUUUCAGAUGAACAACUUCUGUACCCUAUGUUGUUAGUUUAUACUGCUUUCCCAGAGUUGUUUCAAACACCUGGUGACUAGGUUCGUUUAUACUGGAAUUUGUUAUCAGUCGCGUGCAUAAUGUGGUAAUGGAUUUGUUAUUUGUUAUUAGAUGAUUAAUGCAUCUACUACAGGGUAGUGAUGCUUAUUUGAUUCUA